AAGACUUUGGCUAUGGUAGACUACCACAACGAACUGUCAAGGCGAUGGCGAUGGCGGCGUCUCCCGGAGCGUCCCAUUUGCAUGCCAGAUCGGGAUCCUCGAGGUCGCCAGCGAAUCAGGCGCUCUCCGCCUCGUCGAUCGCAUUGCCGCAGCGGUGCAUCGAGUGCCGGAUUUCGUCGGCGUCGUCCCCCAGCCAGCGCCAGAUCGUCCACGCCGUCGCCAGGGAGCCGCUCAAGGUGAUGAUCUCCGGCGCGCCGGCGUCGGGCAAGGGGACGCAGUGCGAGCUCAUCACGGACAAGUAUGGUCUUGUACACAUAGCAGCUGGAGAUUUACUGCGAGCCGAGGUAGCCGCGGGUACUGAGAAUGGAAUCAAAGCGCAAGAGUAUAUGAACAAAGGCCAGCUCGUUCCAAACGAGAUCGUAGUGUCAAUGGUGAAGCGAAGACUGGAAGAGCAAGACGCGCAAGAGAAAGGCUGGCUGCUGGAUGGCUACCCGCGAAGCGUGUCGCAAGCCGACGCGCUGGAAGCUCUAAACAUCCGGCCUCACGUCUUCAUCCUCUUGCAAGUUCCCGAGGACAUUCUCGUGGAAAGAGUGGUCGGUAGGAGAUUGGAUCCCGUCACGGGAAAAAUCUACCAUCUUACGUAUGCUCCUCCCGAGACUCCAGAGAUCGAAGCUCGGCUAACUCAGCGAAGCGACGACACGGAAGAGAGGGUGAAGCUCAGGCUUAAAACUCACCGGCAAAACGUCGAGGAUGUGCUAUCGAUCUACUCAGACGUGAUUGUUCCUGUGGAUGGAAAUCGGCCCAAAACCGAGGUUUUCUCGAGCAUCGAUUCGAUUCUAAACGAGAUGGUACAAAGCGAGCAAUUAGGAGAGGCCAUGAGCUCGAGCUAAAGAGCAAAAUAAAAUUUUUUGGCGAAUAUGCCCGUAGAUUCUUUACAAAGAAUAUGCUUAAAAUACUCGUUAAUGUGGGAGAUGCU